AUGUCCGAUAUUCGUCAAGAACGGCCCGCCGCCCAGGGCGGCGUGAUCUCGAGCGAGAAGCCCGCUCCGAACUCUUCCUGCCAGGUCAUCGACGCCCACCCUGAAGGCGUUGACUACAAUGAGCACGUCGAAAGAGACCUCAACGUCACCGAGGACGAUCUGCUCGAGGCCAAGGAGCUCGCCGCGCAGAUGUCCCUGGAGGAGGUUCGGGAGAUGAUGUUCAACGUCCACAAGAUCCACGAGAAGGACCCCAACUUCCCGCUUGCCAUUAUCGAGAAGAUCGAGGCGUUCCUCCAGAACGACGACAUUUUCGAGAACCCCGAGAAGCAUGAGACUCUGAUCCAGGAGAUGAAGCUCGAGGCCGCCCUCAUCACGGGCAACUCGCCCUACUCCGAGGUGCGCGCCGUCGUCGACAACCACGAUGACCCGACCAUGCAUGUCUCGACCAUCCGCGCCUGGACCAUCGGUCUGCUCUUCUCCGCUCUUCUCGCCUUCGUGAACCAGCUUUUCUCCGUUCGAUACCCGUCCAUCACCAUUCUGGCCAACGUUGCCCAGCUUCUCGCCUACCCCCUGGGUAAGAUCUGGGAGAAGACACUGCCUGACGUUGGCUUCACCGCCUUUGGCUCCCGCAUCUCGCUCAACCCUGGCCCGUUCAACCGCAAGGAGCACAUGCUCAUCACCAUCAUGGCCAACGUCGCCUACAACAUUCCCUACACCAACUACAUCAUCUGGACUCAGUGGCUCCCCCAGUUCUUCAACCAGUCGUACGCCGCCAACUUUGGCUACCAGCUGCUCAUCUCGCUGUCCACCAACUUCAUCGGCUACGGUCUCGCCGGUCUCUGCCGUCGUUUCCUCGUCUACCCCUCGUACUGUGUGUGGCCCGCGUCGCUGGUCACCAUCGCCCUGAACGCCGCUUUCCACGCCGACAAGAACACCGCCGUCGACGGCCCUUUCCGCAGCGUCUGGCGCCUGAGCAGACAGAAGUUCUUCUACAUCGCCUUCGGUGCCAUGUUCGUGUGGUUCUGGUUCCCCAACUACCUCUUCACCGCCCUCAGCACCUUCAGCUGGAUGACCUGGAUCGCGCCCAAGAACCGCAACCUCGCCACUGUCACUGGCUUCAACAGCGGUCUCGGAUACAACCCCUGGCCCACUUUCGACUGGAACAUCUUGUUGUUCGACAACACUGACCCCUUGAUGGUUCCUUUCUUCUCUACCUUCAACAAGUUCCUCGGCACCUUCUUCUCCGGCUUCGUCAUUCUUGCUGUUUGGUACACCAACACCUACAACACCGCUUACCUGCCCAUCAACUCCAACAAGGUUUACGACCACUUUGGCAAGCUGUACAACGUCUCCCGCGCCGUCAACGAGCAUGGUCUGUUCGACAAGGAGGCCUACGAGGCUUACUCUCCCCCCUUCCUGGGUGCCGCCAACACCAUGAACUACAUGUUCUUCUUCGCCAUCUACACUGCCACCAUGACCUACGCCAUCCUGUACCAUCGUCAUGAGAUCAUGCUCGGUUUCAAGGCCCUGAUCGGCAGCUUCAAGAAGAACAGCGACGUCGAGAAGGACCAGGUCCUCGAUGUCCACAACCGUCUGAUGAAGGUCUACCCCGAGGUUCCCGAGUGGUGGUACCUGCUCACCCUGGUCGUCGCCGUCGCCCUCGGCUGCGCCGGUAUUGCCGCCUGGCCCACCUACACCACCGUCGGUGUCGUCUUCUACGGUAUCAUCCUCUGCCUCAUCUUCGUCGUCCCCGUCGGUAUCAUCAAGGCCAUGACCGGUAUCGAGGUCACCCUCAACGUCUUGGCCGAGUUCAUCGGUGGUUCCUGGGUCGAGGGUAACGCUCUGGCCAUGAACUACUUCAAGUCCUUCGGCUACGUCACCUGCGCCCACGCCGUCUGGUUCUCCAACGAUCUUAAGCUUGCGCACUACGUCAAGAUCCCCCCCCGCUUCACCUUCUGGGCUCAGAUGUGCGCGACGCUGGUGUCCACCCUUGUGUGUCUCGGUGUCUUGAAGUUCCAGAUGACCAGCAUCGACGGUAUCUGCACCCCCGAGGCCAAGUUCAAGAUGACCUGCCCCGGUAUCAACACCUUCUUCACCGCCUCCGUCCUUUGGGGUACCGUCGGUCCCAAGAAGAUUUGGGGUGCCGGUGGCCAGUACACCGAGACCCUCCUCGGUUUCCCUCUCGGUGUCGCCAUCGUCCUGAUCUUCUGGGGUCUUGGUAAGAAGUUCCCCAACUGGAAGUGGGUUCGCCAGAUCCACCCCGUUGCCAUCAUGUACGGCGCUCUCUCCUGGGCUCCCUACAACAUUUCUUUCGUCUGGCCCUCCGUUCCCAUCGCCUACUUCUCCUGGGUCUUCCUCAAGAGCCGCUUCUUGGGUCUCUGGUCCAAGUACAACUUCGUUCUUUCCGCCGCCUUCUCCUGCGGUAUCGCCAUCUCCGGCAUUGUCAUCUUCUUCGGCCUUCAGUGGCAGGAUAUUGAGAUUGACUGGUGGGGCAACAGCGUCGUCAGCGAGGGCUGCGAGGGAGCGGCUUGCCGUCUCCUCACCCUCAAGGACGGCGAGUACUUCGGACCCCGUAUCGGCGAGUUCCACUAA